AGCACCAUGAGAGUGAGGCAGGGUAAAAUGCUGCUGUAGUGUCAGCUGUACAUUCAUUCUGACAGGCUGCAGUGAGGCUUCCUGUCCUGCACACAGAGGACGUGACAACAUGAAGUCCGACUAUUCUUUUGACGAUGACGUCACACAAGCAGCUUCUUUUGAAAACAGUUUCAGGUGGAGAACUGGAUCUGAGGCCUCCAAGACAGAAAAUCCUGAUCUGGAUUUGAAUGACCCGAGAACAAGCAAGUCUUCCACAUUUGGAAAAUACCACCAGAGUCUUCAGACACUCAAACCCAUCCGCUUCCCCUCAUCACAAUCCCAUCCUGUGGACAAUGCAGGGUUCUUGUCAUUUGCAACUUUUGCCUGGAUGACCCCGAUGAUGUGGGCCAUGUUCAGGAAUAAGGUGGACAUGAGCUCCAUCAACCUGUCUGCUCUGGAUGGAGCCGACACCAGUGGGAAAAGGCUGCAGAGACUCUGGGAGGAAGAAGUGGCGAGGGUGGGCCUGGAGAAGGCCUCUCUGACUCGAGUUAUCCUUCGCUUUCAAAGAACCAGGAUGAUUUUGGCCGUCAUCAUUGGUAUUAUCGCAAUGACAUGCGUGUUCCUGGGGCCGGCUGUCCUGGUCUACAAGAUCCUGAACUAUGCUGAAAACCCAGAGAGGUCCACAGUGUCCCACGGUGUCGGACUGGCCUUCGGUUUGUUCUGCACAGAGUUUGGCAAAGCUUUCUUCAUAUCGUUGCUUUGGGCGCUGAACCUGCGCACUGCUGUCAGACUAAAGGGAGCCUUCUCUACAAUAGCCUAUCAGAAAGUGAUCUCAUUGAGGGUGCACAGCGGCAUUUCAAUGGGAGAGAUGAUUAAUGUUUUGACCAGCGAUGGCCACAGGUUAUUUGAGGCAGCAUUGUUUGGGAGCUUCUUGAUUGCCAGCAUAGUCCUCUUCUUUGAGUGUAUCAUCUACGCCUGCUUAGUCCUGGGCUACACUGCACUGACCGGAGUCGCCACCUACAUCAUCUUCGUCCCUGUGCAGAUUUUCCUAGCCAAGCUCACUAACAAGUUCAGAUGGAAAGCCAUGCUGAUAACAGACAGCCGCGUUCGCACGAUGAAUGAGAUCCUCAACAGCAUCAAACUUAUCAAGAUGUACGCCUGGGAGGACUCCUUUGAGAAGAAGGUUGCAGGCUUGAGGAAAAAUGAGAAGAAAAAACUGCGGCUGGUCAAUUACAUCCAGAAUAUCAAUACCAGCAUCACCAGCAUCAUCCCCACUAUAGCAACAGUUCUCACCUUUACUGUCCACACUCUGCUGGGCCUGAGUCUCAACACGUCUGAAGCCUUCACCACCAUCGCCAUCUUCAACUCCUUGAGAAUCUGCCUGGCUCUCAUGCCACUGAGUGUCAAGGCCCUUGCUGAAGCUGCCGUGUCACUAAAAAGACUGAGGAAAGUAAUGCUGAUUCAGAAUCCAGAGCCCUACCUGACGCAGAGAGGAAACAGUGACUCGGCCAUAGUGAUGAAAAACGCGACACUGUCCUGGAGCGCACCGCACUCCUCACCCAGCUCGGCCAAUGGGGUGAACGCACACAAAGUGGAUGAAAUCUGUGAGAAUGAAAAAAGUGAAGCUUUGCCAGCCCUGAGAAACAUCUCCUUCACUCUGCAUAAGGGCAACCUGCUUGGUGUCUGUGGGAAUGUGGGUAGUGGAAAGACGUCACUGAUUUCCAGCAUUUUGGAGCAGAUGCACCUCCUGCAGGGCUCCCUCGCAGCUGAUGGGACGUUUGCCUACGUUUCCCAGCAGGCCUGGAUAUUCCACGGAACUGUUCAGGAAAACAUCCUAAUGGGAGAACCCUUUAACCAGGCCAAAUACGACAGAGUUGUGGAUGUCUGUAGCCUCAGACCUGACCUGGAAAUCCUUCCAUAUGGCGACCAAACUGAGAUUGGAGAGCGAGGGCUGAAUCUGUCCGGAGGGCAGAAGCAGAGGAUCAGCCUGGCCAGAGCCGUCUACUCUAACAGGGACAUCUUCCUCCUGGACGAUCCGCUAUCUGCUGUCGACGCCCACGUGGGGAAACACAUCUUUGAAGAAUGCAUUAAGAAGGAGCUCCAUGGAAAAUCCAUCAUACUGGUUACACACCAGCUGCAGUAUCUGGAGUUCUGUGAUGACAUCUUGGUUCUGGAGGACGGCGAGGUGCUGGAGAGCGGAAACCAUCAGGCCCUGAUGAAAGCAAGCGGUCGCUAUGCUCAGCUCAUCAGCAACUACCAGAUGGAACAGUCCAAAACUCAGAAAGAGGAGGAAGAGUCAACCCAAGACUCUGCCCAGCUGAAGGAGGUUGAGCUAGAUCAAACAGACGGUGGGAUAUUGAACCCAGUGUUUGACAUGUCAGAUGAAAAGGAGGAUGUUAACCCAGCCGACCAAAAAUCUGGUGACAGUGAUCAGCUGGUCAGUAAGGAGUCCACCACAGAAGGUGCUGUCUCCUGGAGAGUCUAUCAUCAAUACUGCCAGGCAGCUGGAGGCUACUUCAUCAACCUCCUCGUCAUCCUGAACAUCGUCUUAAUGAUUGGAUCCACAGCCUUCAGCAACUGGUGGCUCAGCUACUGGCUGGGGCAGGGUAACGGGACUGAUAGCCAGGGCGACAUCUCGCAAAACAAUGACCUGCACUUCUACCAGCUCAUUUACGGCGUGGUGGUGAUUAUCAUGAUCGUACUUGCCAUCAUCAAGUGCUUCUUCUACACUGGGGUCACCUUGCAUGCCGCCUGCAAAUUCCACGACACCAUGUUCAAGAAAAUCAUCAACAGUCCCAUGAGUUUCUUUGACACUACACCAACCGGCCGCAUUCUCAACCGCUUUGCCAAAGAUCAAGAGGAGGUGGACACCGUGCUUCCCCUCCACAUGGACCCUUUCUUGCAGUUUACUCUGUUGAUCACCUUCACCGUCGUCAUCAUCUCAGCUGUCUUUCCCCCGAUGCUGGUGGCUGUGCUUAUUAUAGGAGCUUUGUUUAUCCUCAUUCUCUUUAUAUUCCAGCGGAGCAUCCGUCAUAUGAAAAGGAUGGAGAACAUCAGUCGCUCUCCCUGCAUCUCUCACACCACAUCUACCCUGCAGGGCCUGAGCACCAUCCAUGCCUACAACACAAGAGACAGCCACAUUAAAACGUUCAAAACACUGAAUGACAUCAACUCCAACCACUAUUUACUGUUUAACUCGGGCACACGUUGGCUCUCCUUCUGGCUGGACUUCAUGGCUGCGACCAUGACCUUGAUGGUUUCUCUGUUUGUAGUGCUCAGUGAUGAUAAGAUCAUCAGUCCGUCUUUGAAAGGCUUGGCCAUGUCCUACACCAUACAGUUGACAGGCCUGCUUCAGUACACAGUGAGGCAGUCGACAGAGGUGGAGGCAAGGUUCAACUCAGUGGAGCGCCUGCUGGAAUACAUCACGGGUUGUAAGUCUGAGGCCCCCAGACACAUAAAGGAGGCCGAAAUCCCAGAGCACUGGCCAAAGGCAGGAGUCAUCACCUUCCAGAACUAUAAGAUGAGGUACAGGGAGAAUACACCCAUUGUCCUGAACGGCCUCAAUUUCAGCAUUCGAGCUGGCGAGAAGUUGGGAAUUGUGGGAAGAACAGGCUCUGGUAAGUCUACUUUAGGCGUGGCUCUCUUCAGGUUGGUGGAGCCAGCAGAAGGAUCCAUCUUGAUAGAUGGGGUGGAUGUGAUGUCCAUUGGUCUGCAGGAUCUGCGCAGCAAAUUGUCCAUCAUCCCCCAAGAUCCUGUUUUAUUUAUUGGCACUGUCAGGUACAACCUGGACCCCUUCAAUUACUACACAGAUGAGGAGAUCUGGGCAGCGCUGGAAAAGACCUACAUGAAGGACUCAAUCUCCAGACUGGAGGAGAAACUACAGGCACCAGUGCUGGAAAAUGGAGAGAACUUCUCGGUAGGAGAAAGACAGCUGAUGUGUAUGGCCAGAGCACUACUCCGCAACUCCAAGAUCAUUCUUUUGGAUGAGGCGACGGCAUCCAUUGAUUCAGAGACAGACGCUCUGAUACAGAACACAAUCAAAGAAGCCUUCCAUGACUGCACCAUGCUCACCAUUGCACAUCGUAUCAACACUGUGAUGUACGCAGAUCGUAUCCUGGUCAUGGACAACGGAGAGGUGGCAGAGUUAGACAGUCCAGCUGUGCUGAUGCAAAGACCAGACUCUCUGUUCACUUCACUCCUGACUGCAGCCAACACUGUCAACACCUGAACUGUAAACGCCACAGCACCACCACGCAGUAAUACAUGUAACACAAUACAAGAUAGUCAUUUUACACAAGCAUUUCUUAUACAAUAUGCAAUGAUUUUAUAAUGUGGACUACUUGUAUCAAGUUAAUAUUAAACUGCAGGAAAGUUUUCAGUGUUGGUAAUGAAUGAUGACAAUGCUCGCUCUGAAGGUUUUUCAUAUGCAUGAAUAUGAAUGGAUAUGAUCCGUCAUGUAAACUCUAUUUAAAACAUAUUAUUUAUUGAUUUUGUAUGUUGUUCCUGCCAAUUUACUACUACUAUAUUACUACAUGUGAGGUUUUGAUCUGUUGUUUUCUUAAGCACUACAUAUGCAAUACUUUUAAAAAAAUAUAUAUUUCAUCAUGUAAAAAAUGCAUAUGAAAAAUAUCACUAAUGUCACAUAACAUAAAUAGUAAUAAAUUACGUUUCAUGCACACUG